AAAUUCCUGCCGGGGACUGCUGCAAUGCAGCACACCACACCCCCGCGGGCGCUGAGCCCCAGCCCGGACAGCCGGUGCCGCUCAGCUCCAGCCCUGCCGCUGCCAUAGGCGUCCCUCCUCCCCUUCGCCAGGAGCCCGAUGAUUCCCGGUCGCCUGGCAUCCUCUCCCGCGGGCAGUUGUUGGCCGCAGCGUGUGUCACAGCAGCCUCGCGCACUUUCUGUUUCCCAACGUGCCGCCUGCAGAACGCGCCGGCUCCCCGGAGGGAUCGGCCGUGGUUUCAGAUUUCAUUUCCCUCGCACGCUACACCCGAAUUCCAGACGCUUUCUGGCUUCGCCGCUGCAUGGACUCUGAGCGCAGGUCCUUUGCCGUACCCAGCGGAGGCAGACGGGGCUUCCCUCGGCUCCAGGGAGUGGACCAUGAAGACGUCAAUUGUAUUCUUGCUUUGCAUCUCGGUUUUCCCAGGCUUUUCCCAGGGCAGAGUUGUUAGAGAGGAUGAAACUGGUUUUGCCGAGUGUAACGUGUUCUUCUCUGGACAAGUCCCACCCGAAGGAUUUACGGAGCCGUUCCAUGUGAAAAUCUGUCAGCAGUACAACAAAGAACCACGCUUUGCAACCCUCUACAGUACUAAGGACAAAAUCCCUCUUUAUUCAGCUUUUAAGUUUACAAAGCCAGCUCAAAGUGAGGAGGAGAACUGGCUGGUUGAACCGCAGAUAGAUGAUCCAGAAAAUGACUUGCAUGAAAUGGUGCAUGAAGCUGAUAUUGGUGGCACUGUGGCCAACCUUGGUGCAAAUCAAGCCCUGACCUCAGACUAUGUGGGCUCUGGCUAUGAGAGAGGCCUUCUCAAUCCCAGUUUGCUUAAUGAGGAGGAUUUCCAGGUGGCCACUUACACACUCACGAAUGCUGUCCCUCUGAGCCCGACUCUGAGCAAAAGCUGGCACAGAGACAUUGGGAAGGUAGUGGAGCAAGCUCUGAUCCCUCACUGUCCCAAGAUGGAUCACCUAUAUCUCCUUGCAGGUGCAAUUCCUUCCAGUGUCCAAGUUAAAGGCAAGGUGUCAGUGCCAGAGAGCCUCUGGCUGGCAGCCUGCUGUGAUGCUUCAGAGGGAUGGUCCCUGGGACUAGUGAAAAAAACCGAUGAUGAAAACAGCUUGGCAGACCUCACGGUGAGAGAGCUGGAGAAACAGCUUCUACCCGGAGUUCACUUGUUCAAGGGCAACUGUGGGAAAGACAAACAAAGCCAGAAGAAAAGAGAAGCAGUAUUGCAAGCUGUCAGUCAGAUCCGCUCUGGAGAGCAAGUAGGAACAAAUAACAAUGAGGAGACCAAAGAGAGUGGCUGGGUGAGAAGAGUGGCUGGCAUCAUUGCUACCCCUUUCAUCAAACUCCUGGAACUCCUCAUCUACAUCUUUGUGGAACUGGUGAAAUUUGUGUUUUAUUUUCUCUGGCUUGUUGUAAAGCGAGUUGUUGGCACAAUUCUGGGUGGAGUCUGCAGCCUGUGGAAUGGGGUGGUGUCCUACCUUAAAGCCGUCAGCAUGGUGCUCAUCAGCAUCCCCUAUGAUGUUGGGAGGGUCAUCGUCAACAUCUUCCUGGGCUUCCUGCAAAUUGUUCAAGAUGUGAUGUCCCUCACCUACAGGAUCCUGAGCAUCCCUGUGGGGUUCGUCCUUCACCUUGCUGCUUUCCCUUACCACUCCAUCUGUGCCAUACCCUCUGUCCUUAAAGACAUGGCCACUGGGAUCAUGGGCACCUUCUCGCUGGUCAUUGACGCCACAGCCGCGGUUCUGCAUGGCUUUUAUUACCUGGCUUGGCACAUCGUCAAACGGUUUGUCCCUAAAGGCUCUUCUGACGACUGAUAGGAACAGAAACCAAGGCUGCAAAAUACAUGGAAUAAAGGAGGAGUGGGGCAAUGCUUUAAGAUACGUGGCCAAAUGCUGUCAAUUUCAUUCUGGUAUUUAUUGUAGUGACAUUAAUAAUAAUGAACUGACUGGGGAAUAACAAGGAGGGCCAAGGCAAUGUUGCUCAGGGCCGCCACCACUGUAACUAGAGUUCUGUCUGUUGUAAAAUGUUUGGGUUUUAUCGGUGCAGGCCACAAAGUUUCUGUGAUUUGCUGAUGUCAAGAUGCUUGCUCUGGGAAAUGCACACUAAAUGUGGUAUGAGGUAAUUUCUUUCUGGCUAUGAUGACACUGAGACUUAUGCAGUGGCAGUGAGCUCUGCAGAAGCCCAGCCCCUCCAAGGAGCAGGUGGUGGUGGUUAGGGGAGGGCAUGAGUUACAAAGGAUUACUGGGACUUGAUGAAAGGAGAAGGAGGCAGGAGUGCAAGGGGGUGGGAAACAGCAGGGAUAGGGGUGGAACGGGGGCAAAGUCCUGCUAUUGGCUGCAUUGCUCAUUUCUCUGGUGUCCCACUGGUGGAGGGGAUGCAGCAGGGUAUAUCUCAUAGUCUUCGGGCCCUUCUGGACAUCUGAAAUUGCAUGGAUCUUGCUGCAAGGAAAGACCCACUUUUUUUUUGCAUGAUGGGAAAGCAUUUUUCCUUAGCCAUACCAAGGUCAUCUUCCCCCAACCCUUCCUUGCUGUCUGGUGACCACUGAAGGUCUGAGCCCUGAAUCUUCAAGAUGUGGUGUUCUCUGGAGGUCUAAACCCACAAAUAUCUUAGCCCUGAAGCCCUCGUGUCUGCUCCAAUGCCCAGCAGAUCUGGGAGCCACACAUUUGGAUUCAAAUCUGUUGCAAACUGCCUUGUCUCCCUUGAGAGCUGACUGCUCCUGAAGCAAACAGGGGACUAUGGACUAUCAGGUGGAAGGAGAGGCAGGAGAGAUCCUGGGCUGCAGUGCUUGAUUUGCUGGGUGAAGAUCCACAUACAAAGAGACGCCUUAAUGUCAGAGGCAGAACCAACUCCUCUUCUGCACUGCACAUCCUCUCUGCUCACUCUUAACCCCUUCUUCCUUCUGCCAGCAUAAGCCAUGUCCCCCAACACCUGUGAAAUUGGAGCUGGGGCACAUGUCAGGCCUUUGCAAGGGACCAGCAAGUGUUUGCAGCCAGAUGAGUGGCACAGAGACAUCUGCCACUGCAGGAGAGGGACACAGGAGUGCUGCCCUUCCCUGGGCCUCAGCAAGGGGCAUUGGAUCUUUUGGUGCAAUUGCCUGCAGGAGGGAGGCUUCCUGUCUCAGCAGCAUUUGCUUUGGUGGGACUCCACGAGGUGUUUGGGAGUCCUGCAUACAUGGUUCCGUCCUUUCACACCCAUCUGUGUCUCUCCCUCCAGCACCAGCUUGGUGUGGACCCCUGAUCUACCAUAACAUCCCAUAAUGAGUCCCAGGAGUGAGCAAGCUGGUGCUGCCAUCUCAGUAGUGCUAUGUUGGUGGUGGCCUGUCCUGGGUUGAAGAGAGCUCAGUUACUAACAUGGCAGCUUUGCCUCGCUGCAUCAUGCAGCCUGCAGCGAGGCUGAGCUGGUGUGGGUGGAUUCAGAGGGAAAAGGAGAUUUGCCUGGUUCACGAUGGGACAGAGUUGUUUCUUUAGCUCAGGGGCUGUGUUCAAUGCAACCAGUUCUGUGUGCAUAUCCCAGCCCAGCACACCCUGGUCGGGUGGCACCCUGUUCAUGCAAAUGGCAAAGCUGGGGAUGCCAGCAAUGGUGAUGAAGUGGGGAAUCAGUGGCAUGAGUGGAAAGAGAGGAUGACUCCUUGCCUCACCCUUCAUGGGCCACCGCUGGUUUAUGGAGAAAGAGAGGAUGUCUGCAAGCAGACCUGGCUUUGUUCAAAAGGGAAAGCAGCUUUUGGGUGCCAGUAUGGGUUGUAGUGGGAUAAAGUCAGUGGCAUUUUGCUAUAGGAAUGUUGGGUGCAAGGGGCAAGGUCAUGGCUCCUAACAGGCAGAGAGCAGCCAGUGAAUGCUCUCCAAAUUGAACUUUGCAUGUCUGCCCACUCAAACAUGCCUGGUCUGGUGUCAAGACAGAUGUGGAACUGAUUUCCCACUCCUUCAUGAGACCCUGUCUCAGUCCUGGUACUCCUCAAGGGCUCCAUGGCAGCUGUCAAGGCAGGAAAGAAGCCAGCUCAAGCCCCAGGGAAUGCUAGGGUAGGGUGACAGGGUCCCCAGCAGCCUCUGAAGGCACGUGUGAUGGAAGCAGCUUUCAAUGGCAGCCCAAGCACUGGGGAGAAGGGGUAGCUGCCCCCCACAGCUGUCUUGCACCUUCUGUGUGACCUUAUCUGUGGCCCGUGUUAGCUGCAUGGCACUGCACAGCAGCCGGCCGUGCACUUCCUGGGGCUCUGUACCCAGAGCAGCUUCCCUACACCUGAGCCCAGCAGCCCCAUCCCAGAUCCACCAGCACCUCCAGUGCAGCUCUGCAGUCACAGUGACAUGGGAGCUCGUGUGCUGAUGAGCAGCAAAGCUGGGGCGCCUCAGGAGGUCUGCACUGUCACUUUGCCACCACCACUGCUACCCCUCCUAGCUCAGGCCAGCGUGUCUCUGCUGCAGCCAUGACUUCUGACAGCAAGUGGACAGUCCUUGAAAUCCAAGGCGCUGCAGCUCUAUAGGAUUUGGGCAGAGGUGCAACAGUAUUAUUAAAAUUGUCUUAACAUGCUCAGAUUUCAAAUGCUGUGAACAGUAACUGGCAUGGGGCAUUUCUCUUCUGUGCUGCGUGUCUGAGCAGGCAGUGGGAAAUCUGCCUUGAACAUCGAGCAAUUAUCACAGAACAAGCAACAUCCUGCAAAAAAACACUGUCUGAGAUUCUUCUUAUCUAGGCAUGAUUUAUGGCUCCUGAGCUGUAUUCUAUCCUUGGAAACAUAUGGCUUCAACAAAAUAAAAUGACUUUUCCUAA